UUUUGAUUGAUGCGAAUCAACGUAGAAGUGUUAAUUUAUAAAUCUCUCAGGCUGCAUAUUUACCAUCAAAAUACUCUAAAUACCAGUUGACCUAUACAUCUUUACAGCUAUUCUCACUUCAUAUUACCAUAAAUAUGAAAAUCAAAUUACCCUGCAAAAUGAUUGAAAAAGUGGGAAAUUAAUUGACAAACUGAUUAAAUUAAAAACAGUGAACCAGCUUAACAUUAUCAUUAUUUAUUUGUUCAUUGAUAAGGGUUGUACAUUCUACGACUUUGUUUUCUCUGGAAUAUUUCUAUUUGUAAUCCAUUAAAGCUUUCUGGAAACUCUAUGAAAUUGACACUUACUGAAACAGGAAGAAACAGACUUUCAUCAAAGAUCCUGAAUGGAAUCACUUUGCAGUAUAGUUCAAUUUACUUGAGAAAUCAACACUCUCGUUAUAUAUUUUAUGCUGAGACAAAAGCAAAUUCAUUUCAGGUCACUAAAUCGAAGCAUAACGAAACAACAAAUAACGAUAAUGUAAUGGAUAAGACCACUGAGCUUCAGGAGGAUAUGAGGCAGAGAAAUGAAACUCUCGAUGAAAAAGUGGAUACUACUAACCAGGUUAAUUCGAAAAAUUCGACCACAAUAAAAACACCCCCUGAAAUUAGAUCAUUUCAGAAUAGUCAAAAACACUCUUCAAUGCUCUUAACAACACAAUCGGCAAGAAACGCUUCAACACUGAAAACACAACAAAUUCAUUAUAUCACAUUUAAACAAGCGGACUGUUAUCUAUGCAGUCAAAGUUUACAUCUCUAUGAAAAAUUUCAUCUACAAUUUCGAUUUCGUACAUCACAAGAAAAUGGUUUAUUAUUGUUUAAUUCAGGCAAACAAGGGAUUGACUUUUUAGCAUUUGAAUUAAUGAAAGGUUAUUUACAUUUUGUAUUUGAUAUGGGAAGCGGUACACAACGUCACGCCUUGACAACACAACCUGUUACAGAUUCAAAUUGGCAUCAUGUUGAACUAUCGAGAACGGAUCUUCAUAAUAAUGUUGUUCAAUUAGUUCUUGAUAGAAACACACCUGACGAACAAUUUUUAAAUAUAUCAGUAAUAAAUGGUGCAAGUGCAAGAAAUUUUAACUUAAAUGACCCAUUGUAUAUUGGCGGUGUACCACAAGAUAUUUUUCUAAACUGGAGGGAGAAACUUAACUCCUACCAUGGAUUUCAGGGAUGCUUUGGCAAUUUCUCUAUAAAUCACCAACAUAAUUUUGACUUGUUGAAAAUGGCUAAACUGAAAUAUUCCAGUAACUGGACUAUCCCAUUAUGUUACGACCAAAUAGCUUACAAAUGUCUUGAUCGUCCGAAAGAUGCUGCAGAAUGUAGUAAAAUCCAACAAAUUCAAAAACCGAUUCAUCAAAAGCUAACUACAAAUGAAAUUAUUAGUGGACAGCAUUUUCAACCAUACUGUUUAAAUGAUGGACUCUGUUUACAAACAUGGACAGCAGUCGUUUGUGCCUGUGAAUUAACUUCGUUUGAUGGACAACGGUGUACUGAAGCUGGAACAACAUUUCUGUAUGAUUUUGACUCUCUUGCAUUUAAACGCAAACGAUUACUUGGACGCAAUGACUCAAUACUUGAGAAUAAUGAUAAUGAACCGAUAGGUGGAUUACAAUUUAUAUACACAGACAUAUCAAGAAAUACAAGACAAGACGAAUUUGUGCUUGGAGUUCAAACAUUACCAGCGAAUUCUGUGGACAAAAUCAAAGAUCCUAUUUCUCAAUUGUACAAUAAUUAUAUUUCAACCUUGUUAUUCGUAACCGGAUUCACACAGAAUGGUGAUUUUCUGCAUUUAUUUCUGGAAUCAGGUAUUGUACAGUUGAACUACAAUAUGGGUGGAGGCGUAGUUCACAUCAGUGGUCCGAAUUUCCCUAUUGAUGAUGGAUUCUAUCAUCGAAUCCGGGGCUAUCGAGUAGAUCAUAAGAUAAUUCUUGAAGUGGAUGAUACUAGGCAUACGUAUGAAUUAAACAGUGCAUAUGGAAAACAGUUUAAUAAUCAAAGAAUGAUUUGGCUUGGACAUGCACCUGAGUUAAAUAAAAGCGACUUUUUCCGGGGUUACAUGUCAGGGGUUUAUUACAAUGGUCUAAUGCUGAAUGAUUUAGCCGCUGGUAUGUCAUAUCUACCGUAUAUUCAUGUAACAAGAUUUCCCAAUGUCAAAUAUGUAACGAAAUUUCAACCUAAUUUGGAUAAUUCAAAUAUUUUCAAAUAUUCUUCACUUUCAUCUAGACGAAUCUAUGGUGAUUCAGUUUCCGUUGGUCUUCCGGCUGAUAGGAAAAUACAGAAUGCGAGCCAUGAUGAACCAAUCUUUGAUGGCAUAAAUAUAGACAAUCACGGGAAGUCAUUUUCAUCCUGGCAGAAACCUAUAUAUUCUCAUUCAUUACAAUUAUCGGAUAGUGUACAUAUUACUAAUGAUGAGUCAUUUAACCCUCAGGAUUCUAAUCAUAAUUCACUUCAAAGAUGGCAAAUAAACGAAACAUCUACUGGAAUGAGUGAACAAAUUAACAUGUGGUUAUUAUUUACUUUAAUCAGUGCUUCAUUACUAAUAAUAAUCAUCUUAAUUACCAUUGUAGUCUAUAAAUUUAAUCACAGCAAAACUACAAAUUCACGUUCCAAACCACUGUCAGAAUACCAACCGAAUAGUGAGCAAAUUCGUCUUUCUCAUAGCUCAAUAACUAAAAGAGCACCUUCCAUAAGUUCAAUAUUAAGUGUAGAUAAUCACAACUUUUAGAAAUAUAAAUCAGCACUUAAAACUGUCGUGUUACCAACUACACAAUCCGUCUCAUUCAUUUAGUGGACGAACACCAAAUGAUGAAAGAAACUCUAAAUUUUCGAACACUGUGCCCACUUCAUUUAUCCUCGUCACUGAACCAGUGACAACAAUAACAGAAAGAAGUGGUUACACUCUAUGCAGAAAUCCUGUAAUUGUCACGAAUGCAUUUCAUAUUAACACUUGUGGAACUUCAUUUCAAGAUCCAGUACAGUACAAAACAGUAACAAAAGCAAACGAAAAGGAAUACAAUUUCCGUUUGAACGAUUCACCAUUAUUUAAAAAGUUUUCUGAAAUGAACGACUCUGUUGGAAACACUAUGACUGAAAACUUUGUCUUCUUGGAAAGUGAUCACAUGAUGACAGCAUAUCCCACCGAAACUAAAUAAUUAUGCGUUUUCUACUUAUCACCUUCAAGAAAAUUCUCAGUAUUUCGGAAACCAAAACUAAUUUACACAUGCAUACACACAUACAUCUAAAAGCAUUCCUGCUUGUAGUGGAUUUAAAGCAUCCAACAAACUGCAGGUUUACAUUAUUUUUAUUUAUUUUCAAGAACUAAUACUGAAAUCGUAAAACAUUUAUCGUAGACUUCACUACUGGGGGGUUUCUUACACUUUAUCUGUCUCACUUGUAUACUUGAAGCCGGAUGGAUGUAUAUACUUUAGUCACUUUGACAUAUUCUUUUUAUUUGUUCACAAAGUGCUGUUAUUUUCUAAAAUGUUGCUCCAGAUAAUAACCUGACUAUUUUAUUUACAGUUUUGUUCUUGUCUACUGUUAUGUCAAAA